AUGUCUUUCAAUUCGUUUAAUUCAGAUCCUAGCAUUGAUUUCGGCAUACAUUCUUAUUAUCGUGAAUAUAGGGCUGAACAUGAACGGCUUAUUAAGAUUGGCCGUGGUGGUGACCCAGAACAAUCAUCUAAACCUUAUUACGCUGACAGAGGCUCUGGUGUGAGUAGUGGUCCGUCAAGUGCAACACAUGGUCAAUAUGGUACUGUUCCAUAA